AUGGCAGCUUGGUUUGGGGUAGAGGUAUUUCGUGGAAAUGGACGAGAAGGAAGUAGAACACGGAGGGGUUCAGGGAUGGAAGAUCGGUUGGCACAUGGGUAUUUCGUGAAGAUAAAGAAGAAGGAGGAGGAAUGGGAAUGGCUUAUAUGUGGCAUAUUGUCAAAUGAAAACAUUGAAAAGGUGAUGCAAUCGGUGAUGGAGAAAACAAUCAAGCAGGAGUUUGAAGUGAAAGCGGAGGACGUUGUCAAUGACGAUGCAUAUAUAGGUGGAACUUACAAGCUGGGUGGAAACGGUUGGGAAGAGAAAGUGUUGAAGGGUAUUUCAGUUGAAGAAGUAUGCAAAAUGCAAUUCGCUUGCAUAGAUGAGGCUGAAACAUUUUACAACAUGUUAGCAAAACUAACCGGAUUUAGUAUUCGAAAAGAUGAUUUGAAGCGAGACAAGAAUGGAGAUAUAAUAUCUCAAAAGUGGGUGUGUUCCAAAGAAGGACAUCGAGCGACAAAGUUUAUUGAGAAUGACAAUCGACAGCGUGAGCCACGAUCGUUGACUAGAGUUGGUUGUGAAGCUGCAUUUCGUAUUGCCUUGAAUAGAAAAUAUGGAAAGUGGAUUGUAAAGGAAUUUAUAGGAGAACAUAAUCAUAAUUUGGUCGAUCCUAUUAGCAGAAAAUUCCUUCGCUCUCAUCGAACAGUAAGUAAUCCAGAUAAGGCACAAGUUGAUGUUUUGCAUCAAGUAGGUGUUAAAACCACACAAAUUAUAGACUAUAUGGUCAAACAAUCAAGGGGACAUGAGCACGUCGGUUUCACACAAAAAGAUAUAUACAAUCACGUUGAUGCAAUGCGUAGAAGUGAAAUUAAAGACGAUGAAAGUGUUGGGACAUAUGAAUGGGUGUUGGAGACAUUUCUUGAUGCAAUGAUGAAUAAGAAACCCAUAUCUGUUGUAAUCGAUGGGGACAAAGCUAUGCGUAAGGCAAUUAAAAAAGUAUUACCCGAUACGUGUCAUCGAUUGUGUUCAUGGCAUUUGCAACGAAAUGCAUUCACGAAUGUGCAUAUUAAGGACUUCUCAAGCAUCUUUGCAAGGUGCAUGUUCAUGCGUGGGAAUGAAGAAGAAUUUGAAAAGAUUUGGCAUGGAAUGGUUGCAAAUUUGGGACUUAAUGAGAAUCGUUGGGUGACCGAGAUAUAUGGGAAACGUAAAAGAUGGGCAGAGGCGUAUUUACGUGGAAAUUUCUUUGGAGGGAUGAGAACCACACAAAGGUGUGAGAGUAUGAAUGCAUAUCUAAAUAGAUUCUUAAAAAUUCGCUUGCGACUGUAUGAGUUUGUACAAUAA